AGCGACGCGUGUUAUGAUCUGAUCGAUAUCUGCUGGUUGAGAGACGAGGCGACUUCAGAGACUUCUGGAGAACAUUUUCUGUGCUGAGAUUGUGAUUUUCGACGGAGUUCAGAGAAGAGACUUUUAUUUUAGGAGAUCGGAGGAUUUUUCUUUGAGUAGAGUUUUAUUUUUGAAGGAUUUCUGAUUAUUUCUGAGGAAAGACUUAUUCUAUUUUUCUCUUCUUAUUUCAGAUUUUUCUUUCUUUCUUUCUUUCUUUCUUUCUUUCUUUCUUUCUUUCUGUAAUUAAUUAAUUGAUUAAUUAAUUACCUUUUUGUUGAUUAAUUUCUUGUUUUGAUUGGAGUUUGGAGGAGUUUGUCAAUGGCUCAUUUGGGUGAAAGACGAGGCUCGGGCCGCUCCAGAUCCAGGAGUGCUGCUGUCUCUCAGACGGAUGAUCAGGAGCUUGAGAGACGUGGCUCUGGUGACGGCGCUCAGGAACCGCUGCCAAACCCAAACCAGCCGCUGAGCCAAGAGCUGCCUGGAUACAUCGCACCUCUGCCUUCAGAGUUGGCCGUUUCUGUGUCCACAGAUCAGCCUCACAGGAAGAGGAAGUGGCAGAGCGGCAGCCAGGAGGAUGAGCAUCCGUCUCCUUCAUACAGAAGAGCUGCCAAACGCUCCCGCAGAGAAGCGUAUGUGAAGGGCCCAUUGCUGGGGCGAGGAGGAUUCGGCUCUGUGUAUGCUGGGACCCGCAGGUCUGAUGGACUGCCAGUUGCCAUCAAGUACGUCUCUAAACGAGGAACACAGAGACUGAGAGUUGAAGGUCAGGGUCGGCUGCCGCUGGAGGUGGCGUUGAUGACCCUGGUCAAUUCGGCUCCUGCCUGCCCCAACGUCCUGCAGCUGCUGGAGUGGUUUGACCGUCCCAGACGCUACACCAUGAUCCUGGAGCGCCCGCUUCCUUGCCAAGAUCUGGAGAGUUUCUGUGAGGAGAACGGACGCCUGGAGGAGAGUCUGGCCAAGAAAGUGCUGCUGCAGCUGAUCACGGCGCUGAAACACUGCGAGAGCCGUGGAGUCCUGCACCGGGACGUCAAACCAGAGAACCUGCUGAUCUCCACAGACUCACAUGACAUCAAGCUGCUGGACUUCGGCUGUGGAGAUCUGCUGAAAGACUCGGCCUACAAACACUUUGCAGGCACUAUUCAGUACGCCCCUCCUGAGUGGUUUCGGCAUCACCGUUAUCAUGCGGGACCGGCUACGGUUUGGUCAGUGGGGGUGACGCUCUACAACAUCCUGUGCAGCUGUUUCCCCUUCAGAGGCGCAUUGAGGGUCACCUCCAAAAGCAGACUGCUCUUUCCUAGAGAGCUGUCGACAGGCAAGAGACAGAAAUCAGGAAUCGUUGACUGGAAGUCUGUCGGUCCAGAUGUGAGGUGUGAUGGCUGCAGAUGCAUCUACAAAAACACCACUGGAUACUGUGGCCAUGAAACGAAGGGGGUCUUCACAGCGUUCUGUUCAGACGAAGAGCUUGCUGGCUUCUGUUCUAUAGACUGCUACUUCCGCAUAAAUGAAUGAAUGAAUGAGUGGUUUAUUUAUUUAUUUAUUUUAUUUGACUUGAAUUGGCAACUGAAACUAAAAUCUAAAUAAAUGUUUUAGUGG